AUGGCCUCGGCAGUCACGGCAGACGAGCGCGGCUCAAGGAAGAUUCAUACGGCAGCAUGUUUGAUCAUCGGGGAUGAAGUCCUCGGCGGGAAGGCAGCAAUCUGCCCCGAGUGCCAAACUGACGACAGGCUCAAACAGACCAACUCGAAUUUCAUGGCAACGUGGUGCUUCUCUCUAGGUAUUAAUCUGAAGAGAAUCGACGUCAUCGAGGACGAUGAAAGCGAAAUCAUAGAGGCCGUUCGCCGCAUGAGCGACCGUUAUGACUUUGUGGUUACGAGCGGCGGGAUCGGGCCAACUCAUGACGACAUCACGUAUCAAUCCAUCGCCAAGGCGUUUGGGCUACCUCUGGUCCUCCACCAGGAGGCGUUUGCGCUCAUGAAGAAGUUGUCGACGACAGCUCGUGGCCAGCCCCCUUUCAACUUCGACGAAGAGUCUCCAGCCUUGCGGGCCAAGCUGAGAAUGGUUGAGCUGCCAACCGACACCGGCCGGGACUUGGCGGAGCAGGCCCUCUUCCCGUGCAAGGAGCUAUGGGUCCCGGUGUCAGUGGUGAAUGGCAAUGUCCACAUUCUCCCUGGCGUUCCUCGGCUAUUCGAAAAGCUACUAGAAGGCCUCAAGCCAUUUCUUCUCCCCCGGCUUGACAAUCCAGAAGGAAACAGCACGGUCCGUGUCACCAUCUCGACGCCUUUGUCCGAGAGCGCCGUCGCCGAAUACUUGACCGAGCUUGCCGCGAGGGUCGGCCCCAAGGGGGUCAAGGUGGGCAGCUACCCGAGGUGGGGGAACAAGAGAAAUACGGUGACCCUGGUUGGAAAGGAUAAGCAAUUCCUUGAAUCCAUCACGCCCGAGGUGGUUCACUAUGUUAAAGGCCGUCUUGUAACUGCAGAGGGUGAGAAUGAUGAUGUACCAGGGGAAUGA